CUCAUCGAUUGCUUUAUAAGAUUGUGUCAAAUAAAUAGUAUUUUCAAAAUCAGUCAUUUAUUUCAGAUAACAAUCACUAGUGAUGUCGACUCCGGUGUGGAAGAAGAGGUUUAUCCUGAUUUUCGGACUCCUGGAGAAUCUGGUGUUCAGCGGCACUAUCCUCGGCUGGUCGGCCAUGAAUUACAUACUCAAGUCGGAGGGAGUCUAUCAGUACGUGUGCGAUGAGGUUAAGCCUCAGUUUCAGUACAAGAAUCUCAACUUUUUGAACGUUUCCGAAGACACCGAUAGAAGAAUCAAACUGAAGAGGAAUAGCGGCGAACAAAAUGACGACCAAUUCCUACAGAAACUGAAAACUUUAAACCAAGAGUUCGUCGACUUAUUAGUGAAGGAAUCUGUAAAUAAUGGCAAAAAUAUGUCACUAUUGGAACAAUUGGAAGCGUAUCAAAUUGAGACAUCGUUUUCACUCAUAUAUAAACACGAUGGAUGUGCCGCUCAGGACAAGAUUCUGAACUUGAUUUUCACGAUCGGAAUAUUCUGUAUGGGUUUGUCAUCAUUUGUCUGGGGAUUCCUUCUCGACAAGUGGGGCCUAAGGAUUGUCAGACUAGUUAUCGGUGGUUUUAUAACGGGUGGAUCAAUAUUCCUUUGCUUAACCAAUUCAGAGAGACCUUAUCUACUGUUCCCAGCCGUCACCUUACUAUGUCUGGGAGGAGUUCCCCUACGCAUAGCAAACAUGCAAUUUGCGAAUCUCUACCCGAAAAAGCGGUCGACUAUAAUAAGCCUCUAUUCGGGAGCCUUUUGUGCCUCAGCUGUUGUUUUUGUUGCCCUCAAAUACCUGUACGACAUGGGACUGACCUACUAUUCGGUGACAUUACUGCUGGUCAUAUCCAGUCUCUCGAUGUUUCCCUUCACUCUCAUCACACUUCCCGCCGAUUGUAUUCGCGAUGAAUUGGAUUCUUGCGAUUCAAAUGAUAAUGAAUCUGAAUGGUAA